AUGAAUUGCAAACAUAUUCAAGAAAGUGGCAUAAAGCAAGACGGAGAAUACAAUUUAUUCGUAAUGUGGCCAAAUGAUAAGAGAUCAGGAAAGGUAUACUGUGCUGAUAUGGCCUCUAAAACUCCACUGGAAUAUGUCACACUGCCAGCAGGAGAAGGAAACAAUUUCGCAAGACAUUACCAGAAGCAAACGCACGAGAAGCAAGAAACAAUGUUUACGAAGGUAAAUCAACUGUAUCUCUAUCCAAAACUAAAGCUGGCAGUCCGAGUUAAAUUUUAUUCCAAAAUUUUUGCUUGAGAAUGUUAAAUAAUCAAAUGUUCUGUGCAGGGCCGUAGCUGGAACGAUAAUUGGUGGGUGUAUAUUCAUAUAUUCCUGUUCUGCCCGACGGAUUUCUUUUGAAAUCGAUUGUUUUUACGGUAUGUAAACAUGAAUAUAUGAAGAUCCCCCCCCAAUUAUCGUGUCUAGCUACGGCCCAGGUUCUGCGUACAUCGUAAGUUUUCAAAUUUACCAUGUUUGAAGUACAUAAAAUUAAAUAAAACAUGAGCGAAAUUUGGAUCCAAAAUUUUUGCAUGAGAAUGUUAAAUAAUCAAAUUAAUCAAAUGUUUUGCGUACAUCAUACGCAAAGUUUGCAAAUUUAUCUGGUUUGCAUUAAGAAGAAAAAGUAGGACAAAGUUUAGUUAUCUUAGUUAUCUUGUCCCUAUUGUCUAAAAUCCUCUUUGUAGAGGUCCAGAAGACCACAAACGUACACCCACCGUUCAUCAAUCUUCGAUCUUGUAGAACUCUAUGCAGUUGCUUUUCAUCCUGAUCACAGGUGGAUUACAUUUAUUAGGGGCCCCCUGUUGCUUCUCAACCGGUGUAUGUUUCUCAACCGGUGAAUAUAUUUAUGUUGCUCAACCGGUGUAUAUAUUUAAAAAGCUAUCUAACUGUGUAAACUACGGAAAUAUGAAGCUUCUCCCCAAAACGAUUUUAGGAAGUGGGCACUCUUAUCGUAAAUACGUGAAAUAAAUUAUUUGUGUUGUUUUAGAUUCGUCUAAAUCUGGCAGAGAUGAAAAUUGUGACGAAUGAUUACAGAUUUGCGACAACAAACGUACCGGGUGUUUAUCACCGGUAUGCCACUGCUGGUGACUGCAAAUCGUAUGGAUGCACAGAUCCCAGAAGCGGAAUAUUCCAAGUUGAUAUAUCUGGGACAAGUUUUCGAUUACCAUUAACGAUACCAUACAAAUAUGUCUCUCAUCCCGCUUGUGCGCAAAAGCUCUUCAGCCCAACAAUGGAUGCAAGUCGAUUGCGCUGGUCAGCCACAUGUGGUGGCCGUUGUGGCGGUUGUGCACCAGAAUAUUUACACUUGGAAUUAAGUGGAUAA